AGUUUGCCGAGUAACCACGUCGUAGUUCAGAAACGAUGUGGUUUUUUAACAUUUUAUUUGUGGCUACAAUACUGCUAGUUAGUGGAAAAAGCGUCAAAGAUGACGAUCUGAAGCCUGAUCUCGAUUGGCCCGCAAGCUAUACUUUCGACGCGUUGCGAAUAUAUCUGACGGCAGGCUUCUCGGAAGACUAUCAAGUGUGGCGAACGGAGCGCAAAUCCCGAAUUGAUUACAACAGCGGUGCAGUGAAAUCUAUUGUUGACAGAGCAAAGACUGUUGGCGGAGUAGCAUACAAAAUCCAUCCCGAGGCCGAUGAAGAUGGUGAUUCGAAAUAUGUAUGCGAACAAGUAAGAGGAAGAAUGUUUCAUAGAAUAUCCCUUGAAGACGUCCUGCCAAGUACAACUGAUUUCGAAGAAGUGGGCACCGAGAUUAUUUCUGAUACAGAAACAACAAAAUUCUUGUUAGAAGAGUUAGAAGAGAAUAUACAAUCGAAGAAAACCCUAUGGGCUUCAUAUAACCAAGGCAAGAAAAUCUGGCUACCAAAGAAAUAUGAAAUAGAACAAUACAACACUUGGAUUGGUUCUAAGGAUAAACAUGAAAUUUGGGAAUUCACCAAUGUCAAGACUGAAGUCGCAGAUAGUAUCUUUGACGUGGAUAAGUAUUGCGAUGAAAUAAGGGAAAUUUCUCUGAAAGACGAUGCUGUCACAAAAGAUUUGUUAUUCGUGAACCCAGAGGACGAUAAGCACGUUGACUACGUAUUCAAAAGGUUCAAGAAAACCCACAAUAAGAAAUAUGACGUCGAUGGUGAACAUGAAAUGCGAAGGACCAUCUUUAAAAACAACAUGAGGCUUGUGAAAAUGAUAAACGGUCAGAACCUGGGUUACAAGCUCACGAUCAACAAAUUCUCGGACCGCACUCCCGCCGAGAGGUUUAAGUACACCGGCCUCCUCAGACGCCCGCAAGGCAAGAAGGGGACCAUCCGCUUUCCUUACACCUCGGAGAAACUGAAGGAAAUUGCUGAAACUCUGCCUGAGGAGUACGACACAAGGCUUUACGGCUUAGUCGGCACUGUCAAAAAUCAAGAGGAAUGCGGAUCUUGCUGGACAUUCGGAACAACAGCAGCGGUUGAAGGAGCGGUGGCUCGUGCCAACACUGGCAAAUUCGUAACCCUCAGCAAUCAAGCCAUUAUCGACUGCGCUUGGGCGUACGGGGCCGCCGGCUGCAACGGCGGCUCAGACACAGCUGCGUACGGUUGGAUCAUAGACAAUGGCAUGCCAACUCAAGCAGAAUAUGGUGACUAUGCUAAUCGGGAUGGGAUCUGCCACAUCAGAAAUAUGACGAAAUUAUACAACAUAAAAGGCUUCGUUGACGUCAUACCGAAUAGUGUAAAUGCCUUGAAAGUGGCAUUAAUCAACCAUGGGCCUUUAUCGGUAUCAGUGAAUGUGAAUAAGCAAUUCCAAAGCUAUGCUGGGGGAGUGUUCUAUGACAGUCAAUGUGAUCCUACUGUGCUGAACCAUGAGGUAUCUCUCGUUGGGUAUGGAGAGCAGGACGGCGACACCUUCUGGAUCUUGAAAAACUCCUGGGGCCCAGAGUGGGGCAUCGACGGGUACAUGCACAUCUCGGCGCGCGACAACACCUGUGGUGUUGCCACUGAGCCCAGCUACGCCGUCAUAUAAACCGAGAAACAACUCCUCGUCUUCUCAAUCAAGAGUCUUUACAUCGAUUGAUACAUCGGCAGUUGAAUCUAUUGUACCAUCAGUAAGUGGUUACAUCGAUUGAAAAAACAUGUUAAACUGUGUAGCCAUAAAUACACUUAAUUUUAAAAUGUUUGAUGCCGUGCUACCGAACGUAAGGUCUCUUUGGUUUUUUUGACAACAUAAAUAUCUUGAAUGAAAACAUUAAAUCAGUUUUUUGUGUAUAUUAUUAUUUUUAGUUAGAUUGUAAUUUGUUAAAGUUUGCACGUGGAAAUAAAUGUUUGCA